AUGCUCUCCAUCAAGAACCUCCUCUUCCUGGCCGUCGGUGUCUCCGCUGCGGUCCUCCCUCGCUCGGUUCCCACGAUCGAGAACGACCUCAGAAGCAUCAACAACCAGACCAUCAGGCUCACCAAAGACAUCAUUGCUGGUCCUUUCAACGCCAUCGCAAUCUCCGUCAACGUCGACCACCUCCACGGCUCCCUCGGCACGGCCAUCAGCAAUGUCGAGGUCACCAGCGAGGUCACUGACGCCGAAGCCCAGGAGAUCUUUGGCUACAUCAACGAUGUGCUUUUCCCGUCCAUCCAGACCGUCCUCUCCGCCCUGAACGAGCGUAAGGUCCUCUACCUCGCCACCCUCCUCGGACCCAUCGUCCUCAACGACCUCCGCACUCUCCGCUACGACACGAACCAGUACUCCAACGCUCUUUCCCAGCUCAACCUGGCCUCCGCCGACGACUUCCUCCGCGUCGGCGCUGCCAUCGAUCAGACCUUCCAGCGCACCAUCUACAACUUCUCCAAUUAG